CUGCCUUUGCCCGUCCACCUAUCUGUGUGGUUCCCGGUCAUCACACGCCCAGUGGCAGUGUGGUUCUUGGUCAUCGCACGUCCAGUUCUAUCCAAAAAACCCCGUCCUUGUCCCGCCUCACAAAAGCAGCGCACGCAGGCACUAGAGAAUCAAUAAUCAACCGUUCCGACCUCUCCAUCAUCCAAAUCGCAUCCCGUCUCCUCCAUCUACACGUAUACGUGCCACAGCUGGGAACUGGAUUCUGGAAGCCGCGUCUAAUUUCUUGAGUGAAUCCCCUCAUACGUGCACGCUUGUGUGGCCUGGCCUGAGAGCUGCUUAGUUUUGGUCAUAUUAGUUCUUGGGCGAUCAUGGCGGGCUCUCGGCAGCUGGCCGUUGCGGCGCUGCUGCUGGUCGCCGCCGCCGGCGUGUGCACCAGGCUCCCGCCGGCGGGGGCGCUCGGGGUGAACUGGGGCACGAUGGCGUCGCACCAGCUGCCGCCGAGCUCCGUGGUGCGCAUGCUGCAGGACAAUGGCAUCAAGAAGGUGAAGCUGUUCGACGCCGACGCCGGGCCGCUGGAGGCGCUCGCCGGUUCCGGCAUCGAGGUCAUGGUGGCCAUCCCCAACAUCAUGCUCGACAUGAUGACGGACUACGACACCGCCAGGGACUGGGUGCACAAGAACGUCAGCGCAUACAACUUCGACGGCGGCGUCAACAUCAAGUACGUUGCGGUGGGGAACGAGCCUUUCCUGUCGUCCCUGAACGGCACGUUCCUGAACGUGACCUUCCCGGCGCUGCAGAACAUCCAACGCGCCCUGAACGAGGCCGGCGUGGGGGACACGGUGAAGGCGACGGUGCCGCUGAACGCGGACGUGUACGAGUCCCCCAAGGACAACCCCGUGCCGUCCGCGGGGCGGUUCCGUGCGGAGAUCUCCGGCCUGAUGACGGAGAUCGUGCAGUUCCUGAACCAGAGCGGCGCGCCCUUCACCGUGAACAUCUACCCGUACCUGAGCCUCUACGGCAACGCCGGGUUCCCGCUGGACUUCGCCUUCUUCGACGGCACGACCAGCCCGGUCGUGGACACCAACAGCGGCAUCAGCUACACCAACGUGUUCGACGCCAACUUCGACACGCUGGUGUCGGCUCUCAACGCGGCCGGCGUGGGCGGGCUCCCCGUCAUGGUGGGCGAGGUGGGCUGGCCCACGGACGGCGACAAGCAGGCCACGGCGGCCUACGCGCAGCGGUUCUACGCGGGUCUCCUCAAGAAGCUCGCCAGCAACGCGGGCACGCCGCUGAGGGCGAACCAGUACGUGGAGGUGUAUCUCUUCAGCCUGAUCGACGAGGACGUGAAGAGCGUGGCGCCGGGCAACUUCGAGCGGCACUGGGGCAUCAUGCGGUACGACGGGCAGCCCAAGUACGCCAUGGACCUGACGGGGCAAGGCCGGAACACGGCACUCGUCGGGGCACGCGGCGUGGAGUACCUCCCGCGGGCGUGGUGCGUGCUCAACGCCAACGCGCCGGCGGAGAGCAUGAGCAGGCUCGGGGACAACGUGGACUACGCGUGCAGCAACGCCGACUGCACGGCGCUCAGCUACGGGUCGACUUGCGGCGGCCUGGACGCGGCCGGGAACGCGUCCUACGCGUUCAACGCCUACUUCCAGGUGCAGAACCAGGAGGUAGAAGCGUGCGGGUUCCAGGGGCUCGCCGCGAGCACCACGCAGGACCCUUCCACUGGGACCUGCAACUUCAGCAUACAGAUCGAGACCGCCUCCUCCUCCUCCUCCGCCGGGCCGGGGCGGCCGCUGCUGGUCUCGCUCGUCCUUGCGUUCGUCGUUGUUGUUACGCUCUAAUUUGAUUGGUACGCGAUGCUUGUUAGUAGUAGAUGGAGUGAUUAGUGACAGCAGCUAGAGGAGCGUAGAGGAGGUUGUUACAGUUGUAAAUCCUUUUUUGGUUUGUAUGCACGCACUAUGUGCGGACAGGUUGUUCACGGUAUAGCUAUCAAUCCUUUUUUUUUUCCAACA